GCUAGCACCAGACACAAAGGGACUCAAGCCCUCACAAACGAGUUCAGGCACCGGUGGGCCCACAAUAUUUCAUCGGAAUGAUCUUUUUCUUUCCCAUCCCAUAACCACCAAAGCCAGAGCGACCACCUCUCCUCCAACAUAUACCACCCACCCACCUCGGUACCUAGCCACAAGACCUGCAUGCGAUUAUUUCCCUGGCCUCUAGCAGGUGCGCAUCUCUCAACAUCUUGGUCUAGCCCCUUGUUACCUCGCUCGAGAGUUCCCUCAGCUCGACGACUUCGAGGGAUACGCCUCCAGCCUUGGGCGAUAUCACCUUGACCUCACCUCGGUCUCAACCACCGCAAAACAGUCACCCAGCACUACUGAAGCCCCCUUGACUGUCACCACUGGUUAGCUCGAGCGUGCUUGAAGCAAUGUUCUACAGUCACGAGAUUCUAACCAGCCAUCAGCAUGGCGUCGCAACGGUCUGGGUCCUGGCUACGCUGGGCCAGAACUGUGGUGGCCGACGGAUCUCGCGGAAGGCAAUCCAAGAAGUCGAUGUUCCCAAGGCCUGCAUGACCAUCGACAACCCUCCGGGAGCCCCAAUCGCACUCCGUCUCCAGGCUAGUCUGCUGUAUGGUGUCUCUCGUGCGUACUCUCAGCAAUACGACUACCUUCUGGGCGAUGCAGAGAAGGCGCGGCUGGGAAUAUCCAUCUUGUUCAGGAACAUGGCGUUGUCCGACACUCUGGAUCCAAACGCUGGAAAGGCAAAGAGGAAGCAACUGAUACUUGCGGACGAUCCCAACUUCCACAUCGGCAACUUCGACCUCCCUCGCUUCGAACUCGAUGAGAUGGGAGAUGCCGCCCUACCCAACGGCACUCAGCAGACAGCCAAUCUGUACUCUCAGCUGUCUCCGUAUGGAAGGUCUAGAUCCGGGUCAUCUGGUGGGCGAAGCUCAAUGCGCUUAGAUCUGGAUCACGACUCGUUCCUCGGCGGUUACGGUCUGGAUUCCCCGUUUGCUGGCGGAAGCUCGGCGCAGAAGCCGCGAGUAGAUCUCGACCCGUUUGCUGAAGAGGAGCCUAUACACUUUGACGAUGACCUGUUUACGAUCGAUGCCGACGGAAACAUUGUCGAUCUCCGUCCGCCCAAGCCAGCCGAGGUAGAUGUGCCCGAGGUCCCACAGCCAGAUUUGGGUGGCCCAUCCGCUCAGCAGCAAGAUGCCACCGCGCCUGUGGUCCCCGAAGACGAGCAGCCGCUUAUUCUAGAGGACCAGCCGCUGCCAGACGCGGAGGCUCUACCUGCCCGCCAAGAUCGUCAGGACCAAGACGAGCAGGAUAUUGAGCAGCAGCAGGAGAUUAUCGCCGCUGCCGCUCCAGCUCGACGGCGGGGAAGAAAACGACGAGUCAUCGCGCCGGACCGGGAUACCAAGAUCAGCAGGAACGAGUACAGAAUGUGGUACACCGACUACAUGAAGCGGAUGGAGGAAGAGCAGGUGCAGAUCAACGGCCGCCGUGAGCCUGUCACCAAGGAGCAGGCCAGGAAGGAAGCCUACCACAGACUCUUUGGCCGUGGGAUAGGUGGCUUUGGCUGGGACUUUGGUCUCCCUAACUUCGUUCACCCGCUCACCGAUAUGUUCUCCGGAGAGGGUCUCCAGCGUACUUUGUUCGGACAGGUGCUCGGUCAGCCAUCCGAACCUGAGCCACGAGGCGGCCGAUGCAGAUCCGCGUCACAGGCGUUCGGAGCGGAUGCAGAGGAAGAGGAGGGGCGUCGGGUGCGACAGCGAUCGGACGAGGAUCAGCUUGUCCAGCCUCGGGACGGACUCGGCCCAAGUCAGCUCGAGGGUGGCACACAACUGCUGCCCGAGGACGCAGAGCCUCCGUCAGAGGUCGGCCGAGAGAUUGGCCAUGCCCUCUCGGACCAGCCGUCUAUGCCAUGGCAUCGCCAGUCUUCUGUCGUCCCGGGAUCGUCCCUGAAGGGGAGCAGCGCCAGACGAAGCGUUCUGCCCGGCGGCGGCCCUGCCAACGUCUCCGAGAGCCCGCUACAGCACCGCGGGAGCAUGGUCCAGGGCAUCGAGCGCUUCAGCGACCACGUGGGCUCCGACGGGCCAAGCCUCGGCGGCGGCGGCGAGAGCGGCUUUGGAUCUGCCGACAAGGGCUGGCUGCCCGAUCACGACGAGCAAGACAGCGGCAACCUCGGCUCCGAGGGCGCGGCCAGCAUGGAGGGCCGGAGGUUCCUCGACUUCCUGCGGGGCGAGGCGAACAAGACGGGCAGCUCGCGCGGCGACGACGAGGACCAAGGGCUGCUGUGGGUUGAUUUCGACCAGGUCGUCCAACCCCUUCCCGGAACCCAGUCCGUCGCGGCACACGCAUUCUACCAGGUCCUCUGCCUCACCACCGGAAGAGUACUCAAGGUCGAUCAGGACGGGCGGGACACCAACGAGCCUUUCAAGCCCAUCCGUAUUGGCGUGCCGAUGGCUAGCCACGGCCACGAAGACCAGGACGGAGAUGAAUAGCGGUAAUGACGGCACGGCGGGCUCCUUCCUCUGG